ACUGCACUGUUCAUUCUCUGAAUCGUUUCCUCAAUUGGGGACUCGAGAAGAAUUGCUUACUCUCUGUUAGGGUUGGCGUUUAAGCUUCGUACAUGGAUAAGCACAGCAGAGACCGACACGACAUCAACGAGGACAACUACAACAGCAGCAACACCCAUGACUCUCGCUACGGCGGCAAUCGCCGCCCGAGGCGCCCUUCGCGCUUCUCUGAUGGCCCCGUGAACCGCUACUCUGGUGACAAUUAUGAUAAGCAGGACUCGUACAACGGACGCGUCCGUAGUCCCGGUGGUUUCCGCAGAGGUGGAGAUGGACACCGUCCAUUUGACAGUCCGCCUCGUCAGUUCCCUGGCGGAGGAGGAUUUAGACCGAUGGAUGGUGGGCGUGGUGAUGAUGGAGUGGGAGGUUUUAGGCCAAUAGGUGGAGUUGGUGGAGGGUUUGGGCCGAAUUAUCAAGCUCCUCCGCCCCCUGCCCCACCUUCUCUAUCUGGACAGAAGCGAGGGUUUCGCUCUCCUGAUCGUGUGGACGGAGGCUCUUUUGCCAAGCUCUUUGUUGGAUCUGUCCCAAGAACAGCGGUUGAAGAAGAUAUUCGUCCACUGUUUGAAGAACAUGGAAAUGUGAUGGAGGUUGCUUUAAUUAAAGAUAAGAGAACAGGACAACAACAAGGCUGUUGUUUUGUUAAAUAUGCAACUACUGACGAAGCUGAUAGGGCCAUAAGAGCUUUGCAUAAUCAACAUACUCUCCCUGGGGGAGUGGGUCCCAUCCAAGUUAGAUUCGCUGAUGGGGAGCGAGAGCGCCUAGGUGCAGUUGAGUACAAGUUAUUUGUGGGGUCAUUGAACAUACAAGCCACGGAAAAGGAAGUUGGAGAGAUUUUUGCGCCAUAUGGCCUUGUUGAAGAUGUUUACCUCAUGCGUGAUGAAAUGAAAAAGAGCCGUGGGUGCGGAUUUGUUAAAUACUCUAGUAGAGAUAUGGCAUCGGCUGCUAUACAUGGUCUUAACGGUGUCUAUACGAUGAGGGGUUGUGCUCAACCGUUAAUCGUGCGAUUUGCUGAUCCUAAGAGGCCUAGGCCUGGAGACUCGAGGGAAUCAAGGGGUGGUCCUGCUUUUGGAGACCCAGGUUUUGGUCCUCGAUUUCAACCACCUGGAGCCAGACCACCACCCAACUAUGAGCAAAUGGGCGAUCGGAUCCAGCCCAGUGCUUGGUUUCCAAUGAGUCCACAGAAUUUGGGACCAUCCUCCAGUCCUGGUGUUCGUGGAUUUGGGAGUCAACUGCCGUCUAGGUCUGGAGAUUUAACAAUGCCUUCAAAUCAGGGUGGUCCCAUGGGUAGCCUUCAUGGCCCGUCAGAUGCCUCCCUCCCAGGACUCAAUGCUGUUCCAUCUUCUACCCCUUCACAACAGCCUUUGCCGCAGUUCCCACCUGUUAACCAGCAAAUAUCACCAUUAGAUAAGCCUCUUCAAUCACCUCAAAAUUUGCCACCUCCCCAUCAAUUACAUCCUCAUGGUCCAUCUUACCCGCAUAUGCAAUCUCACCAUGUUGGGCAGAUGCAAAUUCCUUUCGCUACUGGUCAAGCUCCUUUCAGUCAGGCAUUGCUAGGUUCAAGUGCACCGUUGUCUACGUCUCAACCUCAGGUCCAGCACAGUGCCUCAUCUGCCACAGCCCUGCAACCCCCCUUGAAUGUCAACUCACAGGCCCAUCCUGUGUCUACUGGAACAAGUCAGCAGAAGUUACCUUCUCCUGUCCUGCAACAAAUGCCUCAGUCUCUUCAGCAAUCUCCUUAUCCAUUGGCUCAAAUGCUGUCACAGCAGACACAAACUCUGCAAGCGAGCUUUCAAUCAUCUCAACAGGCAUUUUCUCAGUUGCAACAACAGUUGCAGAUGAUGCAACCAUCAAAUCAGAGUGUAACAUUACCACAGAAUUCUCAGGUUACCAAACAACAGUCUCAUUGGGCUGAGAUUGGACAGCAGAUGGGUGUUAACUCUUCUGCUGCAACACCUGCUGGGAAUUUACCUUCAUCUACAUCUUCUGUUCCUCCCGUACCUGCUAUAACUCAAACAGUAGCUCCUGUGAAAUGUAAUUGGACCGAGCAUACAUCCCCUGAUGGAUUUAAGUACUACCAUAAUACUGUAACUGGAGAAAGUCAGUGGGAGAAACCAGAGGAAUUGACAUUAUUUGAACAACAGCUCCAUCAAAAACCAUCUUUUCAACAGCCUCAGGGCCAAUCACAACCUCAAGUUCUGCCCACCCCGCAAGUGCCACAAACACAACAGGUGCAGUUUCAAGCUCAGAUGCAACCGCAGUUCCAUCACCUUCAGCAGUUGCAACAGCUUUCCUUUUCUUCAGCGUACCCAACACCUGGAGUUAGAGGUCAACAAAAUGUUCAGGAACAUGGAUAUGCACAAUUACCUUUGGCAGCUAGUUCUGUCAAUGAUGCAAAUCGCUCCCAACAGGGGCUUCAGUCGGGGCAGGAGUGGAUGUGGAAGAAUAAGCCGACAGGUACUUGAAGAGUGUGCUGCCAAGUUCCAACAAGAGCCAGUGCUUUGAGAAUCCCAAUGGUGAUAAUUGAUAGCUGGCAUAGGCCAAAGGCCCAUGACAGGCCAACAAGAAAGGUUUCGAGCUUAACUCGCAAAUGUCGGAUGUACCAGAAAAUGGAGCCUUAUUUUUAUUCAGAGUUACUAUGGAGCUGAAAGAGUUAAUUUGCCCAUGUAUUAUUAGUUUGUUUUAGAAUAAGGUGGUGAUUUUGUGUAGCAUGAAGUACUUCGGUACUGUCUAACGUGAAGCAACCAGCCCUCCUAUCUUGCUUUCAGGCUUCAGCUCAUCAUUAA